UUGCCGUCUGUGGGUGUUCUGGACGGAUGCGUGUUCUGCUUGCGGCCCUUCAUAUUGUUCUUUUCUGGGAAUUUGAGUGACGCUCCGUCGCAAUUUGGUUGCAGAAGUGAAGCGCUUUCGUUCGUUACCUGGCCAUCGGCAGGUGGCGUUCAGAUUUGUGGGACUACCAAUCGUCCGGGUCAACGUUACCAGAAUAGCGGACGCCGGAGAGGAACCACCCGGCCGUUAUCGGGAGCAGGUGCUUCUCCCUGGCUUGAAGUCAGGUAUCCGUGUGGUGACAACACUGGUGAAGGCUAUUGUUACCAAUGGGGCUAGAGUCCAGCAAGAAUGAGAGCUCUGGUGCUGCAAUGGAAGCAGCGUCUGAAGAGGAGAGUAAGGACAAGUAUCAACCACCAAAUCUGGCUGAGUACAGUGAUCACUACUACUCAACCAAUGCACCUCAUCCAGACCUGGUUAGAGCAUGUGAAGAUGACGAUGGGGAACAAGUACGACAAGCCGUGAACAGCGGCACUGCAACCGAACCUGUGAUUAGACCGGAUCUCAUGGAAGAAGUGCCAGAGUCAUACUUUCAAAAUGUCCAUCGCUCUCAUAGAAUUCCUAUGACCAUCAUGACUCUUCUGAUUCUGGCAGCUUGCUACUAUGGCAGCAUUCAUUGUGUCCAGUUUUUACUCUGGUGUGAUCCGUCGCUGUUGCACGGCAAAGUUAUGUUCAAUCGCCUUAGUCAGCCACGAGCGUUCUGCAACCCAGCAUCACUUCUACAUGUCUGCGCGUUCCGUGGACAUAAAGCACUGUGUGAGCUGCUGAUAAAAAAUGGUGUCGACGUUAAUGUCCAAGAUGAGUUUGGUAGGACACCACUCCACUUUGCAGCAUCCGGAGGUCAUGUGGGCGUACUAGAAUGGCUGUUGAAUGCUGGAUAUCCAUUGGAAGCGAAAGAUUCGCGUCGUCACACACUAUUACACUGUGCAGCAUUGGGUGGACAUGUUUCCGUAGCAGAAUAUCUUCUUAAUUCUGGACAUUCGCUGGAUCCAAAGGAUAAUGUAAGUCAGGAUAUCCCAGGUGCAUCCUUCUGGGCGGACUUUGUGCUGAAUGACUGA